GCUAUAUAUCAUAAACUUCGGACAUGCUGUUGAUACAUGUAUGGAGUUUAAAGUGUUUCGGAGAACUGCAGCUGCCUUCUCUUUUACUAGGCACCUUCUAUCAAGGUAUUUAGAGUAAGUACAAUAUGAUUAGACCAUACAUAUCCUCUUUCCAACCCCCAAACAUCCCCAGUAGAUCCUCACCUCUUCAACUCUUUCGCAAUAUCUAUCUGGCCAAAUUUCGUGAGAUAUCAAAUCCCCAGGUAUGCCAACUUACCCCACGAGCUCCAUAGCUCUACUCCACUGGAUACUAUAUGUUUUCGGGGCUCGAGACCUUGGAAUUCUUGGGAACUUAUUGUAUUCUGUAUCAUAAGACCUAUCAAUGGCGUCUUUCAUUUCGAGUUCGCCAUCGAACUCAUCUCCCACUCCCUUCGAAGAACCUGACGAAUUAACACUUGAUCUUCAACCCGCACCACUACGUCUUCCUCGACGUAAUAUCCCCACAACAUUCGACGGCGCUGGCUCGGUAGACCAGGAUCAGGACCAGGAAACCACAUCUACAACUGAGAAUGAUAGCUCCACUUCUGCCUGUACAGUUCGUCGAGGUAGUCCCAGCCUUCCACAUCAAUCAGUUAUCGCCAGAGAUUUAUCGCAACGUCGUCCUCCAGCCCCAAAGCUAGGAUCACUCGUGUCUAAGUUUGAGAACCUAGACGCAGUAAGAAACACCGAGGCCGGCCCAUCAUCCGAAGCCAAGCCGAGUACAAUUCCCCGAGUUCAGAGGAAAUCUACGCGUCAAGACAGUCAAGUCGAAUGCCCCGAACAAGUCACUCCCAUGGACAGGGGCGAUGCUACUAGGAAUCCAGAAGACCUUUCGCCUAGGCAGGUUGCAUCACCGCCUCCUCUUGAUGCCAGAUCGAAAGUCCCAGUUGACACGGUAUCUAAAAUUAAGGCCAGAGGAGAUGAGGAGAUUGAUACUCAUGCUUCCAAGGGAGUGGAAAGGACCUUACCCACUCAAGGGCAAGUAUCACAAAAUCAAACACUGCCCCUCAGAAAUACGAAGGAUGAUGGCAUCGAUCACAUUUCAUCUCGCAGUAUCCCUUCUCAAAAAGGCAAACAUCCCGGAUAGGAUCCAAGGUUGAUUGCAGACCGCAGAAGGGUGUUCGAGCAUAAGAGUAGUAAGUUCGUCAAUGGCAUCGUCGUAACAUAUAGCGGAGGGCUAAUUUCGUAGCAUAUUCUUUUUCCAUCGAGCCGACAAACCCCAUCUUGGAGCGAUCAGAU